AUGAGGAUCGCCAAUAAUAAAAACAACGGAAACGAACAGUCAGUUGACAAUAACAGUACAAUUGCAUUAACUGAUGAUAAACCAUAUCGCUUUAAAGAAAGCCAACCCAGAGUAGAAAAUUAUCAUUUAUGUAAUAACAUAAAUACCGGAGACAAUGUACUAUGUCAUAUAGUACUUGAUUCGACGGUGUGUAACCUACAAUUUAAACUAAAUAAUCAGAAUUUAGAAGCUGCUACCAAAAUCGAAGAAAAAUCAAGAAAAUCUUUGGUUCCUACAUUUAAAGAAGGCGCAAAUGAAUCAAAUCAUAUUAGAAGGGCGGUUGAUGAAGAACUCGCCUCUUUUGACCAAUCGGAUUCAGAGGAAAUGUCUGAAGAUAGUAUUCAUCUAAUACCAAGAGGCAUCGUUAAUCCAAACUAUCCAGGCUUUCAACAUCUUGCCCAUACUUUGCAGGAGUACUCAUCAAAUAUAGAAAAUUUUUAUCAAUCGGAAAAUGAAAUGACUGACGAUGAUAUCGAUAUAGAUAUAACGGAAGUGGAUCCAAAAAGUGAUGCUAAUUAUAACUAUGAAGAGCUUAACAAUAACAAAUUGGACUCACUUAACCUACUAAAAAAUGAAAAGUCUAUGAAAUUUCAUCACAUUACCAAUAAUCAAGCUGAAAAAACGAGUGAUGAUAUACCUGAUCUUCUUAAAACUAUUUCCAAAGCAAAUAAUAAUAAUGACUGUAAAGUAAACUGCGACAUUACAUCGUUCGGUACGGACAUUGAGAAUAAUUUUGACACAAAAGAUAUUAUUGGAGAUUUCAACAAAGAAGUGGAAGAUGAAAUAAAACAGUUAUUAAAUUAUAAUAUAAAUAUCCAAGAUGACUUGGAGGAGUUACGAAAAGAUAUUAAAGAUAACUUUGAAAAACCGAUCGAGUCAACAAUCAACAAUAUAAGUGAAGUUGUAAAUCAUGUUAUUAAAAAACUCGUUCAGCACGACACUUCUGACGAUUUCAAAGAUCAUGUAAAUAUUGAUGUAAUAGAGGAGAAAAUUGAGCUGAAAAGGAGCGUGCCAGAAACAAAUGUAUCAGAUAUCAGAAAGGAGAUUAAUUUAAGCAGACCUACAUUUCUUCUACUGGAUAGUUGUAAUGAUCAAAUACAAGACGCUGCUUUGUCUGAUGGUAAGGAGGAAAUAAAUAUCAAUGAAGAUUCUUAUGAUACUCAACAGUUAAGUAACAACGUAGAGACUACAAUCAAACAACUUAGCACUGAAUUAAGGAAAAUAAUUCCUAAACUGAAUGAAAUGCGUGAACGAGACAAAAUGUGGACAGAGCGGCCAUUUUUAACGGAUGGAAAUUCAAAUAAAUUGUUACAACAAUCUUCUAAUAUACCCCCUAUAAAAUAUAAAGAAGUACGCACCCAAUCUCUUCACAACAACAAGCAAAAGAGAAACUUUUAUCACGUUUCGGAUAAAGACAAAGCUCAAAUUGACACAAGAGAUACUUCUAAAUAUAAUGCUCAAUAUAAAACGUCCGUCCCCCAAGAUAAUAUUGUAAUAGCUGAAAGUGAUAUUGAAAGUUUCGAGGUUUACAACAUAGAAACGGCGCUCCCAAAAUUAGAUAUUGACACAAUUGAAAACUACAUAAAGGCAGCGAAAGAUGCAGAAAGACGUUCCGACAUAGAGGGUAUAGAAAAGAAUGGUGUUAAACGAAAAUUCCAAAUAUUUAAACCAAAAGUUACCAAAUCACCUGAGCGAACAUUCUCUAUUUCCGACAAUACUGCAUUGAGUCCAAGAGUCAUUAGUGGAGGAGAUUAUGUCCAAACGGAAAUUGAAUGGCCAAUAAUCUCAGAUAAUAUUCCUAACAUAUUGGACAAAUUUACCCGAAUUGUAACAAUAGUAGACCAUGAACCAUAUGACAGAAAUAAACGCAAUGACAGAGAAGAAAUAAGAAAACGAUUAGCUAUGGGUAUUGACUCUGAAGAAUAUUAUAGCUUGGGACAUACUGACCGUCCAGGGAAAAAACCAAGCUUGCAUUCCCGCUUACAAAAUGGAAAGAAUUUACAAAUAUGUUUCAUGAACGAAACUGCUUCCGACAAUGAAUCUCAAUCUUCGGACUUGGACAAAAGUUUCACUAGCAAUAGUAAAAGCUUAUCGCGUUCAAGUAUUUUCAGCAAGAGUAGUUUUAAUCAUCCUUAUCAAACUAGACCUCUAUCUGUCAAUGUCACAAAACAAGAGAAAACAAAUACCAUGCAAAGUGGUUUCAAGUUUCACCCAGCAUCUUUGAUAUCAAAGUCAUCAAAAUCUCGGUCUUCUCAAUCCCUGAAUCAUAUAGAGCUGAAGGAAUCAGACUUUUAUGCACUACAAGCAACACUGCAAACUGAAGCGAGAAUUGCCUUGGCACAGGCUAAGGAAUUGGCUCGAAUUCAAAUGGAGCACGAGCGUCGUAGUCGUCCCGUGUCACCGGUUACUGAAAUGUUGCGCCGUAGCAUGGAGAAAGCCAAUGUACCACUCGCUCCAGACAGACGCCGUGUCUCUCGUCAAAUACUUACGGAUAUGAAUAUAGCUCAGCUGCAGGUGAUAGUCAACGAGCUGCACUCUCAGAUAGAAGGCCUAAACGACACCUUGGUGAAAUUACUAAUGGCGCGUGACGAACUGCAUAUGGGACAAGAUUCGAUGCUCGUCGACAUUGAAGAUCUAACGCGAUACUUAGGCGUGAAGGAGCAAAGCAAAAAGUCAAAGGGCCCCACAACCAAGUCUGGAGUAAGAAGACUUACGUCACUAGUACACAAAUAG